AUGGGCCCCUCGAUCCUCCAGACCCUCCUCAGGGAACCGACCCGCUCGUACCAAUCCAUCUACACAGACCCCUCGACCCGCCCCUCUCACGCCCCGUCCACCUCCUCACCGAGCAAACGACCCUCCUCCCUCCGCUCCACGACCUCGGACCGCUCAAACUCCUCGGCUUACACGACUGCUGGACCGGCAUGGGUCAACGGUCAGUGGGAAUGGAGCGCAUACGGCGCACGAGGAGGCCUGACAGGCGGAGCGAGGAGCCUCCAUACCCCAAGUGUCGUCGGCAAAUCGCUCGGAAUCGACCGCCGAACGGCCUCUGUCCGCAGUGCGGACUCGCAGGGUGACGAGGCGGGGAGCGUCAGGUCGGGGAGGAGCUUUGGGAGCGUGUCGGUCAGGACGUCCAUGUCUGCGCCCGGAGGGGACGACGCCCUUCGCCGGACGAGGAAGAAGAAGAAGGAUCGGUACGGUGACGGCGACACCGGCAGCGGCUACAACGUCCCUGCGCGACAACGGUCGGAAGGAGACUUGAGCAGCCAGAGCAGGGGAUCGAGUCGGUUCGACAACCUCCCGCCCAUCCCGACCUCGUUCUCCUCCAGCUUCGACGGCAUGCGCACGAGCAGGCGCUACUCGUCCGUCUCGCCUUCGUAUCCCUCAUCUCCCGCACUCUCCGCUACGUCCUCCUCCCAAACCCGACCUUCGAAAUCCCGCCUCGCCAGUCCACCCUCAGACGACACCACUCCCUCCCUCACUUCCUCCGCCUCUUCCGCGCCUUCCUCGCCUCCUACAACACCUAUAACGCCUCACGGUGUCCUCCCGCCUCUUUCGCUCGAUGGCAAGCCUCGGAAGAGUAAGAAACGCGCGUCGACGAGGAUCGGACAGCCGGGAGCGAAGCAGAGUGAGAAGUUGGUCGUGACGGCUCAGCCGGAGUCGCAUGCGCAGAGGCUGGAGGAGAUGGUCCAACCUGCGGGGGAGAAGGCGCCUGAACCAACCGCCGCCCCUCCCGCCCCAAUCCCCGGCAAAUUCUACUCCGUCGACGAACUCUUCGCUCUCGCCUCCUCUCCCUCCACCACCACCACCAUUCCCACCUCUCCCGCCCGUCCCACGCUCGCCCGUCUCGAAACAGACAACGCAUCAUUCACGACCGCGCUCGACUCUCCUUCGCCAGAGUGGGAGGGAGAGGGAGAGGAGGUGGUCAAGGUUCCGAGGUUGAAGUUGACCCGGACAGAGUCGGAGCAGAGUAGGAUUGGAGUGAGGGGGAGUGUGGAUUUGGAUGUGCAGAGCGAGGAGGAGGGGGAGGAAGAGGAGAGCGAGGAGGAGGAGCAGGAAGUCGCGCCUCCUCCCCAGGAUCACCAGGAGGAACCGGUCCUCCCGCACUUCGUCAAUGUCAAGCGCUCGCCGUCGAAGCGCAAGUCGAAGGACGGCUCGUCGCCUUCCAAGUCGCGCUCGGUCGAGCCCGAAGCGACGUACGAGAUUGUCCGGUCGUCCAAGUCGGCUCGCUCCACCCUCUCAUCGACAGACCCGCACGUCCGCCCUUCAUCCCCUACACACUCGGACCUCUCCGCCUCGAGCGACAUCUCCGCUUCCUCGACUCUCGCCUCCACCGACGUCCCAGACUGGCUGCAGCGCAUCCGAGCUUUGGGCGAACCGAUCCAACCGCUCGUCUCCAACCCCUCGCCCACAUCGAAGUCGCAGGUCGUCCCGCCGCCUCACUGGACCGUCCAGCAACUGCGCGCUCAGGAAGGCAGCGGCGGAUCGGGACGUCCGAGCCUGGGCAGGCCGAGGAGCACGAAGACGCUCAGUUCGCGCGCAAACAUACUCGAGGUGAUGCCGGAAGAUGCGGAGGCCGAGGCUGAAGCAGCGGCAGAGGAUCAGGAGUUGCAGCGCCUGCAGCGGGUGAAGGCGGCGACGCCGGCUUGGGUCAAGAAGGGUUCGGGUUUGGCCGAGUCGCCCGCUGGGUCGGUUAGGACGGCGUCGCCUGCUCCGGCUGCUUCGCCUGAUCGCCCGCUCUCGCGUACUUCGUCGCUGGCGCCGAGUAGCGCCGGUUCAUCGGGGCAGGGCACGACGCGCCGAACUCGCUCGAUGGAUCUCGACCGCGACCACCUCAAAGCCCUGUCGCCCCUCAUCCGUUCGACGUCGCUCAUGUCCAGUCGUCCAGGCUCGUCGAGGACUUCGUCGGCCAAGUCGAAGGGCUCGUCCGUCGGUGGUAUGGAGUACGACCUCGAAGCGAUCGCUGCAGCUGCUUCGAAGCCUCGAGGCUUCAGCAAGCUCAUCCAGCCGCCACUUGCGUCUUCACUUGCGACGAAGCAGCCUGCCGUCGUUGCGGUUGUCAAUCAGCCUCGGACGCCUUCGCCUGGACGGCCCUCGUCUCUGCGCAACGUCGCCCUCGCGCCGCUGUUCCCGCGCCAGGUCGACGACGAUGCGAAGUCCGUCUCGGCCCUGUCGGAUUUGUCGAUCAUGAGCGCACCACAACUCUCGCCGACGCGACCACCGCGCAAUCCCGCUCGCCUCUCCGCUCCUCCGCCUGUUCGACCGAUCUUCCCGCCCUCUGCGCCACCUUCUGAGCGCGCGAAGUCACCGACUCCAUCGUUCCACUCUGCGUACGAAUCACCCGAAGCCGUCUCGCCCGCCUCGUCCGUCGUCGCUCGUCCGACCCCUCGUCCAAUGUCUAUGUCGUUCUCGGCUAUCGAGCGGCCGUCGUUCCGCGAACCUCCUCCCCCCGCUCCGCCAGUCUCGACAGCCGUCGCAUCUCCCGCACCAUCCGUCAUCUCUCGCACCUCGUCCGUCCAGCCGCGCCCACUCUCGAGCUACCUCCCUCCCUCAACCGUCGACCUCGCCAUGACCGCCCUCGCCAUCUCGCCCCGCGCCGACUUUGGCAAGCAAAAGUCCUCCCGGCGCUUCGGUCUCUUCCGCCGCUCGUCAAACGCCAACCUUGCCUUCUCCUCAUCAAGCAAGCAAUUCGAGCCCUCACUCGACCUCGUGUACGAGUCGAUGGACGGUCGCGCGUUCCGCAAGCGCCUCAAUACCGAGGAGGUGCUUGUCGAGGCUAUCACGGUCGGCGUGGAUAGGUGGGACCGCGAGCGGGUUUGGCAGCUUGCGAAGACGGGUGGUGCGGCGGGGUGGGUGCCGGGUCGGGCGGUGUAUGGAAAGGUCGUUGAGGUCGGAUCGGCGGUGUCGAGGGUCAAGAAGGGCGACUUGGUGUGGGGUUUGAGCCCGCUCAAGAGGUCCGGAGCGCUCGCCUCGCUCGUCAUCCUCCCCCGCGACAACGUCUCGCUCGCGCCCACCUCGCUGCCCGUCGAACUCGCUGCCGCCCUUCCCGCCGCCGCGACGUCCGCAAUGCUCAUCAUGCAGUCGCUCUGCAACCAGCUUCCCAAGGGCUCGAAAGUUCUCGUCCUCAACGCACACCAAGGCGUCGGCUACUUCUGCCUCCAACUCGCGCACCACUACCGCCCCGGAGUCUCGGGUUCGCGAGACUUGUGGAUGGUCGCGCAGUGUCCGCUGCAUGUACUGGAUGCCGAGACGAUCUGUCGCGAGGCGGGUGCGACGGACAUGUUGCGGGAUGAGCCGCUGGCGGCGCUCAACUCGAUCCAUGAGGGCUCGUUCGAUGCGGUUAUCGACACCAUCGGCGGUCGACGAUUGUACGACGCCUCACGCCGCAUCCUGCACAGCUCGGGCAGCUUCAUCACCACCGUCGGCGACGAGCUCACCGCCUCUUCUACCUCCUCCUCAAACGACUACCAGACCUCGAUCCGCUCGCUCCGCCGCGCCUUCUUCAAGAAAGACAAGAAGAGCAUCGCGUAUUGGAAGGUCGAAGUCGACGGGACGGACGCGCCUGAAGCGGUGCGCGACACGCUUGACAAAGUCCGUGAGGUGGCGGAGGCUGGGGCGCUCAAGCCACGGAUGGGCAAGGUCCUCCCCAUGAGCGAGGCACGGCGGACGUUUGAGACGAACGAGGCGGACGAGGACGCGACUGUCGUACGCGUCAAGGAGGUCUGA